GGUUGCUUCUUAGGCAGUGGUGAGGCGACUUAGAGACGUGCGUCUCCAUGCGGUUGUACUGUCAGGCCACGGGAAUUAGGAUCGGCUCUAUAGGACCAGUGUGAAGGGACAACGUGCGGCGGAGGGUCGAAGCCCACGGAUUUCCAUGAGCUCGGCCUGCUGAGGCAGGCUUCCUUCUUGGAAUUGUUCGUUUCUCAGAGAUAAUUGUAUAAAAGAGGAAGAAAUAACCCCACAUCUCUUGACACUAGAGCUCCAGCCCUUUUUGCAACCAAAGGUCACCUAAUUUGUAGAGAGAUUAACCCACCCGAAGGUGUUUCUUCACAGGUCACAGGUCCCAUAUAUUUGUGGGGUCUCCCUGCCCUUCUGAGGGGCCCUGUGCCUCACUGAGAAUUUAGCUGCAGGACCCUCCUCACAGACUCUUCUGUGACUGUCCUUACCCAUCUGCAACAUUCUUGGCUUUCUGGACUAUGAGCCCCUUCAGAGUAGGGGACUAAACCUAACAAGUACUCAGUAAAUGUCCUGUAAACUACUGAAUGAAUAGUAUCCAGAGGAUGUGAACCACAGCCUUGGGGCCCAGAAGAAAGGACUAAGUAAAGUUCUCUCCUGAACCUACAGGUUCCCCCGCCAUGGGAAGCAGUCAUGCUCUGGACAGUAAAGGUGGAGACAGGAACUUGUCAGAGCUUGGAGAGUCUCCGGAAUGAAGAAGGCCUGGAUCUUCUGUGUCUCCAGCUUAGGAAAACCAGAGAGUAAAUACAAUUGCUGCUGCUCUCAGAAAACCUAGCAGAAGAGACCAUGGAGACUUUGACCUCAAGGCAUGAGAAAAGAGCUCUUCAUUCUCAAGCCUCAGCCGUUUCCCAAGAUAGGGAGGACAAGAUCAUGUCUCAGGAGCCAUUGAGCUUCAAGGACGUGGCUGUGGUCUUCACUGAGGAGGAGCUAGAGCUGCUGGACUCUACCCAGAGGCAGCUGUACCAAGAUGUGAUGCAGGAGAAUUUCAGGAACCUGCUCUCAGUGGGUGAGAGGAAUCCUCUGGGAGACAAGAAUGGAAAGGAUAUGGAGUAUAUUCAAGAUGAAGAAUUAAGGUUCUUUUCACACAAAGAGCUCUCCUCGUGGAAAAUCUGGGAAGAGGUGGCAGGUGAAUUACCUGGGAGCCAAGACUGUAGAGUAAAUCUGCAAGGAAAAGACUUCCAGUUAUCAGAAGAUGCUGCUCCCCAUCAAGGGUGGGAAGGAGCAUCUACGCCGUUUUUUCCAAUUGAGAAUUUCCUGGACAGUCUACAAGGGGAUGGGCUUAUCAGUCUAGAAAAUCAACAGUUUCCAGCCUGGAGAGCUAUAAGACCAAUCCCCAUUCAAGGAUCUUGGGCAAAAGCGUUUGUGAACCAGUCAGGGGAUGUUCAAGAAAGAUGUAAAAAUCUCAACACAGAAGACACAGUAUAUAAAUGUAACUGGGAUGAUUACAGCUUUUGCUGGAUAUCUUGUCAUGUUGAUCACAGAGUCCCUGAAAUAGACAAGCCAUGUGGUUGCAAUAAAUGCAGAAAAGACUGCAUUAAAAACUCUGUACUUCAUCACAUUAGCCCUGGAGAGAAUGGCUUGAAAAGUAACGAAUAUGGAAAUGGCUUCAGGGACGAUUCAGACCGUCCCCCCCAUCCAAGAGUACCUUUGAAAGAGAAACCCUAUCAAUAUCAUGAGUUUAGUAAGGGCUUGAGGCACAGUGCCCGUCUUAACAGACAUCAAAGAAUUCCCACAGGAGAGAAAUCUGUUAAGAGUCUUGAGCGUGGUCGGGGCGUCAGACAGAACACGCACAUACACAACCACCCCAGAGCCCCUGUGGGAGACAUGCCCUAUAGAUGUGAUGUCUGUGGAAAGGGGUUCAGGUAUAAAUCGGUUCUUCUUAUUCAUCAAGGGGUGCAUACAGGAAGGAGACCCUAUAAAUGUGAGGAGUGUGGGAAGGCAUUUGGUCGAAGUUCAAACCUGCUUGUCCAUCAGAGGGUCCACACUGGAGAGAAACCAUAUAAAUGCAACGAGUGUGGGAAGGGCUUCAGUUACAGCUCAGUGCUUCAAGUCCAUCAGAGGCUGCACACAGGGGAGAAGCCCUACACCUGCAGCGAGUGUGGCAAAGGCUUCUGUGCCAAGUCUGCACUGCACAAACACCAGCACAUUCACCCUGGAGAAAAGUCCUACAGCUGUGGCGAGUGUGGAAAGGGAUUCAGCUGCAGCUCCCACCUCAGCAGUCAUCAGAAGACACACACCGGUGAGAGGCCCUACCAGUGUGACAAGUGUGGCAAAGGUUUCAGGCACAACUCGUACCUUCAAGCUCACCAGAGAGUUCACAUGGGGCAGCAUCUGUACAAAUGCAACGUGUGUGGUAAGAGUUUCAGUUACAGCUCAGGGCUUCUCAUGCAUCAGAGACUGCACACGGGAGAGAAGCCCUACAAAUGCGAAUGCGGGAAGAGCUUUGGCCGGAGCUCCGACCUCCACAUCCAUCAGAGGGUCCACACAGGAGAGAAACCCUAUAAAUGCAGUGAGUGUGGGAAGGGCUUCCGGCGGAAUUCGGACCUUCACAGCCACCAGAGGGUCCACACGGGAGAGAGGCCCUACGUAUGUGAUGUGUGUGGGAAGGGUUUCAUCUACAGCUCCGACCUCCUUAUCCAUCAGAGGGUCCACACUGGAGAGAAACCCUAUAAAUGUGCUGAGUGUGGCAAAGGCUUCAGUUACAGCUCAGGGCUUCUCAUUCACCAGAGAGUCCACACAGGCGAGAAACCUUACAGAUGCCAAGACUGUGGAAAGGGCUUUAGGUGCACAUCAAGCCUUCACAAACAUCAGCGAGUCCACACUGGGAAAAAGCCCUAUACGUGUGAUCAGUGUGGCAAGGGAUUCAGUUAUGGCUCUAAUCUUCGCUCCCACCAGAGGUUGCACACAGGAGAGAAACCCUACACUUGUUAUGAAUGUGGGAAGGGUUUCAGAUAUGGCUCAGGUCUCCUUAGUCACAAGAGAGUGCACACUGGCGAGAAGCCAUACAGAUGCCACGUGUGUGGGAAGGGCUAUAGUCAGAGCUCACAUCUUCAAGGUCAUCAGAGGGUCCACACUGGUGAGAAACCCUAUAAAUGUGAGGAGUGUGGGAAGGGCUUUGGCCGCAGCUCCUGUCUUCAUGUUCAUCAGCGAGUCCACACUGGAGAGAAGCCCUAUACGUGUGAUGUGUGUGGGAAAGGCUUCAGUUAUACCUCAGGUCUGCGGAACCACCAGAGAGUGCAUUUAGGCGAGAACCCUUAUAAGUAGAUGUACAUAGAGGAUUCCAUCUGGGACUCAGGGCUUUCUAUCCAUCUGAGAGCCAACACAGGAGAAAAACCAUACGAAAGUGACACGUAGGAGGGCUAUAGGAGAAACUGAUGAUUUUACAUUUUCUAGUCUGCAUAGGAAGGGAACACCUGGAAGUGUGAUAAAUAGGUUAGCACUUCAGUUACAGACUUCAGUCUUUAAGAGUCUGUUGUGCAGCGGAGUAGGUUUUAAAGAAACAGUCCAGCAGUGGUUUCAGUAAUAAUCCUCACUUUCAUCAGAAUCUGCCUGGGAGGGAGCUUUUACAAUGUACAGGUGGUGAGAAUGUUUCCAAGGUGCUAAUUAUGGACAUAGAUUCUUUGUGUGGGUUGAUAGCUACCAAUGGGACAGUCUAGAAACAAGUUUCCACCUUUCUAAAACCAGUUUGGUACAUACCUUUUUAAAGAUCGCUUUAUAAAAACAAAAAGAUAACAUUAACAUUUAUUGAAACAAGUCACUCUGAAAAGACCAGGAACAAAGUCCUCUUGGCAGAUCUGGGUGAUGUGUGUGUCUCACAUUUUUAUCAUGUUUUUGUGACUGUUUUAUCUUGCAGGUAAGCUUUACAGCUCUCAGAGGAGUUGUAGUACACUACAGAAAUAUGUCUUCUUUCCAGGUUCAAAAAACAAAAUCUGAUUGGCAUUGCAUUGAAUUAUUAUUAAAUAAAUUUAUUAAUUGGCAUUGCAUUGAAUUUAUAGGUUAAUUUUGAAAGAAUGUGGUGUCUUUGAAAUGCUGAUUUUUUUUUCACUUUUAAAAAAACGACUUUUUUUUUUACCACGGAUAGUAUUUUAUAUGGUCCCUCAGUAAUAUUUCUUAGAGAUGGUUAAAAAUAGGUUCUGAGUCAUCUUAAGCAUAUUUCUAGGAAUUUGUUUUAUUGCUGUCAUGAAUAUAAUGGUUUUGCUCCAGUUCAUUUCAUAGUUUAACAUAUCAAAUAUUAGGUAUCUUAAAAAUCACAAAUGCCAUUUCACCCUGCAGGUUAGCAGUACUAAAAUAGAGUCAUCAAAUCCCCCAUCAGUUGGUGGGGGGGGUGGGGGGUUGUAGAAACAGUCUGAUAUGGUUUGGUUCUGUUCCCCACCCAAAUCUCAUCUCAAAUUUUAAUCCCCAUAUGUCAGAGGAGGGCCUUGGUGGGAGAUGAUUGGAUCACGAGGGCAGAUAUCUCCCUUGCUGUUCUCAUGAUAGUGAGUUCUCAUGAGAGCUGAUGGUUUUAAGGUGUAGCCCUUCCUCGCUGUCUCUCCUGUCCCCUUGUGAAGAAGGUCCUUAUUUCUCUUUUGCGUUCUGCCAUGACUAAGUUUUCGGAGGCUUCCCCAGCCAUGUGGAACUGUGAGUGAAUUAAACCUCUUUCCUUUGCAAAUUACCCAGUCUCAGGUAGUUCUUUAUAGCAGUGCAAAAAUGGACGUAAUAAGUCUUAUGUACUUAUUGGUGAGAGAGAAAAAUCCGUGCGUUGUUUUCAAAAGAAUUCAUUAACGUAUCAAUUCAAUUUCUAUAACCUUUGAAGUGGCAGUAAAUAUGUAGUAAUUGAUAGUUGGGAGAUAGUUGCCCACUUGGGCAAAAACGCAUGCAGAAGGUGGAGUUUUUAAAAGCAUUUUUUAUAUAGCAAAUGUUAAUAUUCCCAGUUUCUAUUGGUAGGAAAUUUUUUAGAUAAGUUCAGGCAUAUGUAUGCAAUGGAAAGCCACUAGAAAUCUUCAGGCACACAGAUAAUGACAAUGAAGGUUGCUCAUGAACUAUUUAGUGAACCAGGAGAGUUUUAGAACAACAAGUAUAGCAUGACCCCAUUUUGUUAGUAUGUUUUUCUGUGUGUAUGUUUAGAGCAACAGAGAAAAAAAGAUGUGGAAGAGGACAUAUACCUACUUAUCUCUAGUGGUGGGAUUCUGAAUGUAUAAUACAUAUGUUGUACUUUUAUGUAUUUUACUUUGUAACAAAGUAUCUUUCAGUUUUAUAGUAACAGUAAAGCUAUUUUUUACAAAUUAGCCUGAUGGAACAAUCCCUUAUGAUUAAAGAUUCAUGUUGUAACCUC